GGCGUCAGACGUCACACGUCACCCAGGUAAAGGUGUGGCGAAAGGUGCGUUCACUGGCUGGUUUGAAUUGAAAGCACAAAGCCGUCGAGCUGGAAAAUCUGCUCGUAACACAUCCGCCUUGUAAAAAAAAAAAAAAACCACUGCGAGGCUGCGCGAGCUCGUGUACACGUCAGUUACCUGGGCAGUUUACACCGAAAGCUCCUCAAAAUGAGCAAAAUCGCGAAACUAUUCAAGGGGAGCUCCAGCUCGAGCUCAUCGAGCUCUCCGAAGUCCAAACACCACCGGUCGCGGGGAGGACCUUCGCCCCAAGAGGCCAUUCACAAACUCCGGGAAACGGAAGAAAUGCUGACGAAGAAGCAAGACUACCUGGAGAAGAGGAUUGAGCAAGAACUCCUGAUCGCCAAGAAGAACGGCACAAAAAACAAGCGAGCUGCCCUGCAGGCCCUGAAGAGGAAGAAGCGCCUGGAGCAGCAGCUCACGCAGAUCGAUGGCACCCUCUCCACCAUCGAGUUUCAGAGGGAAGCUUUGGAGAACUCGCACACCAACACCGAGGUCCUGAAGAACAUGGGCUUUGCUGCCAAGGCCAUGAAGAAGGUCCACGAGAACAUGGACGUUGGCAAGAUCGAUGAUCUGAUGCAGGACAUCACAGAGCAACAGGACGUGGCUCGAGAGAUCAGCGAUGCCAUCUCCGGACCCUUUGGGGAGACAUUUGACGAGGACGAGCUGAUGGCGGAGCUGGAAGAGCUGGAACAGCAGGAGCUGGAGGACAACAUGAGGAGUAUGGGCGGACUGCCCAGCGUGCCCAGCUCCAAGCUGCCUUCAGCGAGGCCCAGUCACCGCGCAACGACCAAGAAAAGGGUUGAAGAGGAUGACGACAUGCAGAUGCUGGCGUCAUGGGCAACUUAAGUGCAUCAAAGCAGCCUUAAUGUACUUUGCCAGAUUGGUCUCUGUUGUGUCAGCUUAAUUAGUUUUGAAGGUUUUACGGGAAAAUGAAGUUCAUUGUAUAAUUUUUUUUAAAUACGCUUUCUGCCUAUCGGCUUGUCAUGUCACUUUACAGAUUAUAUUAAUCAAGAAAUAAAACAAAUUUAAGUCUAGAAAUCAACAAACUGUAUUUUCCUGUCAUUAAAUUGAUAAGUCAUUACUUUGCCUGUUCAUAAUGUACUGCUUUCACAGCCGAAAUGAAUACACAAUGUCCAUAUGACUGAUGUUUUUAACUCGUACAAGAUGAUGCCAAACUGUUUUGGCUGUAAAUAUAGUCGAAUUUUGCUAUCAUGCUGUAAAUAUAUAGAUUUCUUGCUUACUUCCAUUAAGGUUAAACAAUAAAUCAGUCCCCUAUAUAUGA